GCCGCCCCCCCGCCCGCGCCCGCGCGCCCCCCCCGCGCGCCGGGCGCGCCCGCCCCCCGCCCGCGCUGCCCCCGGCCCCCCGCCCCCCCGCGGCCCCGGCCGCGCCGCCCCCGCCGCGCGCCGCGCGCCCGCCGCGCCGCGCGCCCGCGCGCCGCGCGCGCCCGGCCGGCGCCGCGCCGCCCCGCCGCGCGCGGCCGCGCGCGGCGCGCGCGCGCCGCCCGCGCGCGGCGGCCCGCCGCCGCGCGCCGCGCGCGCCGCGCCCGCGCGCGCGGCGCGCCCGCGCCGCGCGCCCGCGCGCGCGCGCGCGGACGCGCCACCGCGCCGCCGCGGCCGCGCGCCGGCGCGCGCCGUCGCGCGCGCCGCCGCCGCGGCGGCGCGCGCGGCGCGCGCCGCCCGCGCCGCGCGCGCGCGCGCCGCGCCGGCGCGGCGCGCGCCGCGCGGGCGGCGCGCGCGGCGGCGCGCGCGCGCCGCGCGCCGCCGCGCGCGCCGCGCGCCGGCGCGCGCGCGCCGCGCGCGGGCCCGCGCCCGCGCCGCGCCGCGCGCCGCCGCGCGCGCGCGCGCGCCGCGCGCCCGCGCGCGCGCGCCGCGCGCGGCGCGCCCGCGCGCGCCCGGCCGCGCGCGCGCCCGCCGGCGCCGGCCCGCGCGCGCGCGCCGCGCCGCGCCGCGGCGCGCCCGGCCGCCGCCGCGCCCCGCCCGCCGCGCCCGCGGCGCGCGCCCGCGGCGCGCGCGCGCGGCGCGCGCGCCGCGCGGCGCCGCCGCGCGCCGCCGCCGCGCGCGCGCCGCGCCCCGGCGCCGCGCGCCCGCCGGCGCGCCGCGCGCGCGCGCCGCGCCCCCCCCGCUGCGCCGCCGCGCGCCCGCGCCGCGCCGGCCCGCGCGCGCGCGCCCCGCCCGCCGCGCCCUCGCGCCCGUCGCGCCGGCGCCGGCGCGCCGGCCGCGCGCGCCUCCCCGCGCCGCGCCCGGCGGCGCCCGCGCGCGCCGCGCCGCCGCGCGCGCGCCGCCGCGCGCCCGCCCGCGCGCGGCGCGCGCGCGCGCGCGCGCGCCGGCGCCGCGGCGCCGCGCCGCGGCCGCGCCGGCCGGCGCCGCGCGGCCGCGCCCGCGCGCGCCGCGCGCGCCCCGCCGCCGCGGCCGCGCGGCCGCCCGCGCGCGCGCGCGCGCGCGCGCCGGCGCCGGCGCGGGCGCGCGCGCGCGCGCCGCCGCGCGCGCGCGCGCGCCGGCGCCCCCACGCCGGCGGCCGGGGGCCCGCCCGCGCGCCGCCGCGGCCGGGCCGCGCCCGCCCCGGGCCGGCCGGCCCGCCCCCGGCGCGCGCGCGCCCCCCCGCCGCGGCGCGCGCGCGCCCCGCGGGGGCCACGGCGCGCCGGCGCGCCGCGCGCCCGCGCCCCCGGGGGCGCGCCGCGCGCCGCCGCCGCCGCGCGCCGCCCGCGCGCGCCCGCGCCCGCGCGCGGGGCCCGCCCCCCGCCGCCGGGGCCCCCCGCCCCGGCCCGCCGCGGCCCCCGCCCGCCCGGGCGGCGGCGCCGGCGCCGGCGCGCGCCGCCGCCGCUGCCGCCCGCGACGCCCGCGCGCCGCCCGGACGGGCCCGCGCCCCCGCCAGGGGGGCCCCGCGCGCGCGCGGCGCGCCGCCGCGCGGGCCGCGCGGCGCACCCCGCGGCGCCCCCCGCCCCGCCGCCCGCCGCGGGCCCCCCGCCGCCGGCGCCGGCCGCGCCGCGCGGCGGGCCGCGCGCGCGCGCGCGCCGGGGCCACGCGGCCGCCCCGCCGCGCGCGAGCGGGGCCCGCCGCCCCGGCCGCCCGGGCGCGGCGCGCGCGCCCGCCGGCGCGCGCCGCGCGCGCCGCGCGCCGCGCGGCCCCCCGCCGCCGCCCGGGCCGCGCGCGCGGCCGCGCCGCGCCCGCGCCGCCGCGCGGGCGCCCGCGGGCCGCGCGCGCCCCGCCGGCGCCGCGGCGCGCCGGCCCCGCAGGCGCCCGCGCGGCCGCCGCGCCCCGCGCCGCGCGCCCCCGUGGCCCGCGCCGCGCCGCCCGCGCGCGCCCGCCGGCGCCGCGCGCGCGGCGCGCCGCGCCGCGCCGCCCCGCCGCCCCACGCGCCGCGGGCGCGCGCGCGCCCGGCGCCCGCGCGCCGCCCCGCGCGCCGGCGCCGCGCGCCUGCGCGCGCGCGCCGCGCCGCGGCGCGCCGCCGCGGCGCGCGCCGCGCGCGUCCGCCCGCGCCGAGCCCCGGCCCCGCCGCCGCGCGCUCGCCGGCGCCGCGGCGCCGCCGGCGCGGCGCCGCCGGUCGCGGCCGCGCGCCCCGCCGCGCCGCGCGCGCGCCGACGCCGCGGCGCGCGCCGCGACGCGCGCCCCGCGCGCGCGCGCCGCGCGCGCCGGCGCGCGCUCGCGCGUGCGCGGCCGCGGGGGCGCGCCGCCGGCCCCGCGCCGCCGCCCGCCUGCGGCGCGAGCCGCGGCCGCGCCGCGCCGGCGGCCGCGCCGCCGCCGCGCGCGCGCGCCCGCCGGCGCGCCGGCGGCCCGCGCGCCGCGCGCCGCGCCCGCCGCGCCGCGCCGACGCGCCGGCGCGGCGCGCGCCGCGCCGGCGCCGCCGCGGCGGCGCCCCGCGCCGCUGGCGCGGCGCGCCCGCGACGCGGCCGCGCGCGCGGCGCCGCGCCGCCGCGCGCGCCGCGCCGCGCCGCGCCCCCGCCGCACGGGCGCGCGCCCGGCACGGCGCGGCGUCCGCGGCGGGCGCGUCCGCCGCGCGCGCGCGCGGCCGCGCGCGCGCGCGACCUCGCGCCCGGCCGCGGCCCGGGCCGCGACCGCGCGCGCGCCGCCGCGCGCGCGCGCGGCCGCGCCGCGCGCCGCCGCGCGCGCCCCGCGACGCCCCCCCCGGCCCGCGCGCGCGGAGCGCGUCGCCGGCCCGCCGCGCGCCCGCGCGCGCCCGCCCGCGCGCGCCGCCCCGGCGCGCCGCGCGUCGCGCCGCGACGCGCGCGCGCGCGCCGCGCGCGGCGCCCGCGCGCGCGGCCGCCGCCGCGCGCCGCCAGCGUCGCGGAGCGCGCGCCGGCGGCCGCCGCCGGCGCCGCCGCCCGCGCGCGCGCCCGCCCGCGGGCGGCGCCCCGCCUCGCGCGCGCGGGCGCCCCGACCGCGCGCCCCCGGCGCUCGCGUCCGGGGGGGCCCCGGGGCGCCCCGGCCGCGCGGGCCCCCGCGCCGCGCCCCGCGCCGCCCCCGGGGGGCCGCCGCCCGCGCGGCCGCCGACGCCGCCGCGAGCCGGGCCGGGCAGCCGGGGGCGAGCCCGCCGGGGCGCCGCCGGCCGCGCUGGCCCGCCCCACGCCGGCCGCCCGGGGCCCGCCCGCGCCCGCGCGCCCGCGCGGCGCCGCGCGCGCCGCGCGCGGGGCCACGCCGCCCCGGCCCGGCGCGCGCGCGCCCCGGGGCGGACGCGCGCGGCGCGCGCCGACGCGGCGGCGCCGCGCGCGGCCGCGCGCCGACGCGCCCCGCGCCCAGAGCCCCCAGGGGGCCCCCACCGGCGGCCCCGCCGCUGCGCCGCGCCCCGGCCGCGCGCCCCCCCCGCCGCCACGCGCGCGGGCGCGCCCGCGCGCGCGCCCGCCGCCCCGGCGCGCCGGGCCCCGCCGCGCCGCGCGAGCCCGCCCGCGGGCGCGCGCCGCGCGCCGACGCCGCGAGCCGCCCCGCCGCCGGCCGCCCGGCCGCCCGGGCCCGCGCCGCGCCCGCCGCGGGGCGCGCCGGCGCGGGCCGCGCGCCGCGGGGCCCCCGCGACCCCCCGCCCCCAGCCAGCCGCCGGCGCAGCCGCCCCGCCGCGGCGGCCGCCGUGCGCCCGGCGCCGGGCCCCGGCGCGGCGCGCGCGGCCGCGGCGCCGCCGCGGCCCGGGGCGCCCCCGCGCCGGGGCCCCCCCCGGGGGCGGGCCCCGCGGCCCCGGCCCGGAGCGGCCGCCCGCCCGCCGACCCCGGCGCGUCGGCGCCGCCCCCCCCCCGGGGCCCCGGGUGCGGGGCGCCGCGGCGCGCCGCCGGGCGCCGCGCGCCGCGCGCGCGCGCGGCGCCCCCCCGGCCCCCCCGCCCGGCCGCCGCGCCGGCCGCCCGACGGCCCCGCCCGGGGCGCGCGGCGCCCGCCGCCGGACGCCGCCGCCCCGCGCGCGCGCCGGCGCGCCCCCGGCGGGCGCCGCGCGCGGCGCCCCCGCGCGCCCGCCCGCCGCCGCGCGCCGGGGGCGACCGUCGGCCCGGGCCCCGCGGCGCCCCCACGCGGCCCCCGCGGCGCCCCCACGGGCCCCGCGCCCCGGCCGCGCCCCGCCGGGCCGCGCCCGCGGCCCCCGCCCCGCGCCCGCGCCCCGCCCCGGCGCCCCCGGCGCGGAGCGCCGCGCCCCGGCGCGCGCCGCGCGCCGCGCCGCGCGCCCCCGCCGCCGGCCGCGCGGCGCGGUCGCCCGGUCCGCGCCGCGGCGCGCCCGCCCGAGCCGGCCCCCCCCCCGCGGGCCCCCGCGGCGGCCCCGGGGCCCCCCGCGACCCGGGCGGCGGCGCCGCGGGCCGGGCGCCCCGCGGGGCGCGCGCGCCGCCCCCGCGCCCCGCGCGCCGCCGCGGCCGCGCGCGCGCGCCGAACCCCCGGCGCCCGGCGCCCGCGCGAGCCCCCCCGGGCCGCGCGCCGCGCCCGUCGCGCCGCCGGCGCGGGGGCGACCGCGCCGGCGCGCCGCCCCCCCGCCCCCGCGCCGCGGCCCCCGCGCGCCGCGCCCGUCCCGCGCGGCCCCCCGGCCGCGCGCGCCGCCCGGCGCCGGGGCCCCGCGCGGCCCCGCGCCCGCGCGCGCCCGCGCCCCGCGCGACCGCGCCGCGGCCGCCGCCGCGCGCGCGCGGGGGGGGCGCCGCUCCGCGGCCCGGCCCGGCCCGGCCGCCGCGCGGCGCGCCCCGCGCCGCCCGGCCGCGCGCGCCGCCCCCCGCCCCCCCGCGCGCCUGCUCGCGCGCGGCGCCGGCGCGGCCGCCGCCGCGCGGCGCGCCCCGCGCCGCGGCCCCGGCCGCGCCGCGCGGGGCGCGCGCCGGGCCCCGCGCGCCGGCGCGCCGCGCCCCGGCGCGCCGACGCCGCCGCCGCGCGCCCGGCCCCCGUCGCCCCCGGGGCGCGGCCGCCGCCGGCGCCGCGGCCGCGGGGCCCGCGGGCGCGACGCCGCGGCCGGGGCCCCCGGCGCCGCCCCGCGGGCCGCGCGCGGCCCCCACCGGGACGCCGGCCCGCGCCCGGCGCGCGCCCCCGCGCCGCGGGGGGCACGCCCGCCGGCGCCCCGCGCGCGGCGCCCGCGCGGGCGCGGCCCGGCGCGGCCCCCCCCCGUCCGCGCCGCGGGGGCGGCCCGCGGCGUCCCCGCGCAGCGCGCCGCCCGCGCGAGCCGCGCCCGCCCGCCCGGCGCCCGCGCGCGGCCCCCGGGGCGCCGCGCCGCGCCGCCCGCGCGCGCCGCGACGCCGCGCCGCGCGCCCGCCCGGCCCCCGCCCCGCGGGACCGGCGGGCCCCGCCCCGGCCGCGCCCCGCGCGCGCGCCCCGGGCGCCGCGCGGGCCGGGCGCGCGCCGGCCCGCGCACCGCCCCCGCCGCCCGCCGCCGCGGCGCGCCGCGCGCCCCGCGCCGCCGCCGCGCGCGCGCCGCCGCGCCGCCGCCGCCGCGCGCGCGCCGGCGCGCCGCCGGCGCCGCGCGCGCGACGCCGCCGCCGCGCGGCGCCCGCCGCGCGCGCCGCGCUCCGCCGCGCACCGCCGGGGCGCCGCGCGCCGCGCGCGACGCCCGCGCCGCGCGCCCCGACGCCCGCGCCCGCCGCCGCGCGCGCCGCCCCGCGCGCGCCGCCCCCCGCGCCGGGCCGCGCGCGGGGCCCCGCGCGCCGGCGCGCGCGCGCGCCGCGCCCGCGCCGCCCCCGCGCCGGAGGCGGGCCGCCGCGCGCGCGCCCGCGCGCCGUGGGGGCCCGCGCCGCGCGCGCGGCGCCGCGCGCGGCGCCGCCCCCCGGCGCGGGCGCCGCGCCGGCGCGCGCGCCCGCCAGGCGCGCGCGCGCCCGCGCCGCCCGCCGCGCCCCGCCCCCGCGUCCGGCGCCGCGGGGCCCGGCGACGCGCGGCGCGCGCGCGCGCCGCGCGCGCGCCCCGGCGCCGCGGGCCCGGCGCGCCGCCACGACGCGCGCGCCCGCGCGCGCCCGGCGGCGCGCCGCGCGCGCGCCGCCCCGCGCGGCGCGCGCCGAGCGGCCGCGGCCGCCGCCGGCCCGCGCGCCGCCGCCGCCGACCCGCGCCGCGCGCGCCGGCGCCGCCGCGCCGCCCGCGGGGCGCGCCCCGGCCGCCCGCCGCCGCCGGCCCGCCGCGCUCCCCCGCGGCGGUCGCGGAGCCGCCGCCCGCCGCGCGGCCCGCCCGCGCGCCCCCGCGGCGCCCGCGCGGGGCCCCCGCGCCACGCCGGCGGCGGCCGCCGCGGGGCGCCCGCGCCCCGGCCCGGCCGCCCGGGGCCCCGGGGCCCGCCCGCGCCGCCCGCGCGCCGCCGCGCGCGGGCGGCCCCGCGCCCCAGCGCCGCGCCGCCCCGGGCGACCUCCCGCCGCCGCCCGCGGCCCGCCCGCCGCGGCGCGAGGCCGCGCGCCCCGCCGCCGCGGCCCGCCGGCCGCAUCGGGCGCGCCGCGGCCCGCCGCCCGCCGCGGCCGCCCCGCGCGCCGCCCGCGGCCGCGCGCGCGGCCCGCGCGCGGCGCCGGGCCCCCCGCCGCGCCCCGCGCCGCGCACGCGCGCGGCGGCCCCGGGACCCGCCGGCGCGCCCGCCGCCGCGCGGCGGGCCGCGGGCCGCCGCGCCGCGCCGCGCGGCGCGCCCGCGGCCCCGCGGCGCCGCCCCCGACCCGCGGCGCCCCGCGCCCGCGGCGCGCCGCCCCCGCGGCGCCGCGCCCGGCCGCCGCCCGGCCGCGGGCCCGCGCGCCGCGGCGCCCGCCGACCGCGCCGCCGCCCGCGGCCCCGCCGCGCCGGGGCCCCGGCGGCGGCCGCGCGCGCCCCGCCCCCCGCCCCCCGCCGCCGCGGGCCGGCGCCGGCCGCGCGGCGCCCCGGCGCCCCGCCGCCCCGAGCCGGGGCCCGCGCCGGGGCGGACGCCCCGCCGCCCGCGGCGCGCCGCCCGCCGGGGCGGGGCCCCGCCCCCCGCGCCGCGCCGCGCCCCGCCCGGGCGGCGCGCGGCGCGCCGCCGGCCGCGCGCCCCGCGCCCGGCCGCGCGGCGCGCGCCCGGCGCCCCCCGCGCGCCCGCGCCCGCCGCGCGCGGCGCGCGCGCCGGCGCGCCGCCCGCGUCCGCGGGGCCCCGCCGGCGGGCGCGCGCCGCGCGCGCCCCGCGCCCGCGCGCGCCCCGCCCGGGCCCCGGCGCGCCCGCGCCGCCCGCCGCGCGGCGCGGCCGCGGCGCGCGGCGCCGCCGCGGCCCCCGCACCCCGCCGGGCCCCCCGCCCCCCCGGGGCGCCGGCCCCCGGGCCCCCGCGGCCCCCGGGGGGCCGGCCGGGGGGCGCGCGCGCGGGCGCCCCCCCCCGCCCCCCCCCCGCGCCCCGGCCCGCCCCGCGCGCCCCGGGGCCGCCGCCCCGGCGCCGCCCGCCGGGGCGG